UUCCAUUGGCAAAUAUGCCAUACCCAAGGAUUGCCUUAGUGGCUCUUCUACUGAUCGUCUCCAGCCAGUCGAUUGACUCCUCCAAUGAGACACGUGGCCAGGAGGCAGAGGCCCUCACAGGACAUCGGUUUGUGGGAAGCAACAUUACAAUCCUCCAUGAAGUUCAGGAGUCCGAGGAGCACCUAACCGAGUCACCACUAGUUUUAAACACACACGAGACUCUGCCACUGAAGCCGCUGAAGAAGAAACCCUACCUGCCGCUUGAGAAGAUCCUGCCGAGCAUUGAGUACGUGAAGCCACCGCAUCCGCUCAAGGACUAUGAACUGCAUCCGGUGACGUUCGACUUCAAUUUGGGCGAUCUGGAGGAUUUGGAGCAUGAGGUGAUCAAGAAGGGGGAUCUCAGCAGUCAGGAGCAGCAUGUUCUGGCCUCCUCCUCCGCCGACGACACCAGCUACAGUCCCUCCAAUCCCGAUGAGAACGAUACGGUGGAUGUGGAGCUGUCCACGGAGCCAACAACGGCAACUUUACCGGGCACCACAACGACGACUGUAGCUCCUGGGAUAACCAGUAGUACCACUUCCAGCACCCACAUACUGAAGAUCCUGCGAAGCAAACCCCAAACGGGGCCCAAACUGGGUCGCGAUCUGCUCAAGCAGAGUGCCGAUGACGAUAUGCAGCUAAAGACCCUGGGCAGUACCAUCAAUAGCAUCAAUCGGUAUCUGGGCGCAAAUGCCAAUGGCACGGGCAACGGCAGCAUGGCCGAGAGUCUCUAUGGCCAGGCCAACUACUUCCAGUUGGUGGCCAAUCUGUACGAUCACUUCUACUGGCAGAUCUCCGAGAUUCGGACGAGUGUUCGCACAGGUUGCGGCCUCGAGAUGCAGGCCUACCUCACGGCCCUGCAUUCCAGUUACGAGUGGGCCCAAAAGGCUUAUGACUCAUCUGGACGAUAUCGCGGUCAGCUGCUCUUCGGCAACGACAAGUGGCUGGGUCAGCUAUCCUUUUGCUAUGAGCUCAAUCGCCAGAGUUCCAGUGAGGAGCGCAAGCACUUCGAUCUGGAGUUCUAUGUGGCCGAUGUGGCGCUUCAUUUGCCGCGACUGAAUCGAUCGAUGCUAUUGAGUCUAGGCGAAUGCCUGCCGAAAUCCUGCUCCGCCCACGAUGUCAAGUCUAUUUUGUCCCUGGAUCCAUAUGCUCGAAUGCUGACCGUUUUGGGGGCCCACAAUAACUCGAUGCAGCAACCUCCGCUUCAGGUUCUGCAUGUCCGCACGGUGCCUGGAUUAUAUAGUCACUGGCGACAGCUCAAGUUCCAGGUGUUCAUUAGCUUUAUGCUCACACUAUUUCUGGUGAUCCUGGUGGCCUCCUAUUACCAGCUGAAGAUCGACGAACGUCGCCUGGUGGUGGCCCCGAUUGCGGCCAUUAGUGGCAAGUGCGAUGGAACUGCGGCCAAGAAUGGUGGCUUCUAUGGCAAACCCUUCGAGCUCUUUCAAAUGCGUCCCUUGGGCAGCACGAAUGCGGCGACCGAUGGGCCCGAAAUGGAUGUGAAUGGGAAUAGACAGCGAUCGGGCGACUCAACCGAUAUGGCGGAUGGGGUGCCCGGUGUGGUUGGUGACCCCAACACCUCCUCUUCGAUGGCGGGUAAAUCGGAAAUGACCGAUUACCAAGCUGUGGAAACGGGAAGCUGUGCCGGCGCCACUGGAACCUUUGAGGCAGAGCAGCCUAUUGCUUUGCACCAACAAAUACUCUUGUGCUUCGCCUUGCAAACCAAUGCCAAGGCCAUCCUAAAUAUUGACAAGACCAAGGAGACCCACACUUCCUGUCUCCACGGCUUGCGGGUCUUCUCUGUACUGUGGACCAUGAUGGUUCACACCUAUCUGCAGAUGUUUGCCAUUGGCGAAAAUAAGUUCGAAAGGGUCAUCACAGAGCGUUCCUUUUGGUAUCAGGUGAUUGGCAAUGCCACCUUCUCGGUGGACUCGUUCUUCUUCAUCAGCGGCCUGCUGGUCACUCUGCUCUACCUCAAGCAGGAUCGCAAGCAUUCCAACGAUACCUGUCUCUUUAUUAAACGCAGCUGCUCGGAGUCCCUGAUGAUGCUGCUCUAUCGCUAUCUGCGACUCACUCCAGUUUAUCUUUUUGUGGUCAUCUUCAAUGACUUUGCCGUAAGACAAGGCCUGGAAUCGUCGGUGUUUCAACCGGCCAAAAUCGAGCAUAACACAUGCCGCGUCUAUUGGUGGCGCAAUAUUUUGUACAUAAACAACUACUUUCCACAGACGGAGAUGUGCAUGAUGUGGAGUUGGUAUAUGGCCAAUGAAAUGCAGUUCUAUAUGAUGGCUGCUCUGCUCUUGGCCUUGGCCAGAAAGUACUUUAAGGCCGUGGCUGUCACGUUAAUCGUAUUUCUACUCAGCUCGUGGAGCAUCUCUGGUAUUAUCUCCCUGCAGCACCAGUACACCCACAAAGUGGCCCUGCCCUUCGAGUCCUUUGACUUUCUGUAUGACAAACCCUGGCAGCGAGUCGGAUCUUAUAUAGUGGGAAUGUGCGCCGGCUAUGUUUUGUACAAGGUGAAGACCCCACCGCUGGUCUCCCGGCGACUGAAUUUAUCCCUCUGGGCGGGCAGCCUGUUUGUGCUCCUGAUCGUGGUCUUUGGCGUUUGGGAGGGACAACUGAGCACCGUCAGCACCGCGUUCUAUGUGGGCGUGGCCCACACCGCCUUCGGAUGCGGACUGGUCUGGAUCGUAUUGUCCUGUUGCUGGGGACUGGCGCCCACCGUGAAUGCCAUCCUGUCGUAUCGCGUCAUGUGGCCCCUGUCGCGGCUCACAUACUGCGCCUAUCUGAUCCACCCCAUCAUCAUGUUCAUCUGCUCCUCGCACAUGAGCGGCACCGUCCACCUGAGCAAUCCCCUCAUCCUGACCCUCUUCCUGGGCAAUGCCGUCGUGUCCUUCGGCUCGGCCUUCGUCAUAUCCGCCUUCUUCGAGGCGCCCGUCAUUCGGAUCCUCAAGAUCUGCUUCAAAAAGUGAUCGAAUUGUUUGAAUAUCUAGCCGUUGGGUAGCCGAUUUCGUUAAUUGUUGGACGAGCUACCCAUAUUCAAAUUUGAGUUUUUGUUUUUUUUUUUUUUUGUGCCCCGUGUCUGCAACGAAAUAAUGCACAUAACGAUGUCAGCUAAUGUUUAUAAAUAUCCCUAGGCCUAAAUAUGUGUUAUAUA